AUGUGGCAGCUUUGGAAUCCAACCUCCAGCCAUGGCUUACAACUGCCAGCAGAUCUCAAUGAUCAGGCGGCUAAAGGUGCGGCAUGGCAAUGGCUUGGACACGAGACUGUGUAUCAAGGCGAGCAGUUGUGGAUGGGAUGGGUAUAUGUACGAUUUUGGGAUGGUCAGCAGUGGGAAUGGAGGCUAUGGAUAGUCGAGAAUGGUACAUGGGAAGAGCGCCCUGUCACAGCGCAAGCUUGGCAAGAGCAAGUGGAUGAUGUUAGUUCAACUCGCACUGGCGAUCAACCAAUAAACUGA